CACCUGUGAAUGAACAAUAGUGCACUUUGGAACUGCUGAUACGCUCUACACUGAAUCCACAGUUUUCGCAGGAUCAGGCGUGAGCCCCACAGUCAGAGAGGGGUGUUGUGGCUAAUGCAGAGGUCGCUAAACCAACAAGAGAACGAAGAAACCAGAGAGGAGCAUUGGAGCACCAUAGAUGAUCCUGUAAUAUGAAGGUGGAUGGAGUGGCAAUGAAGCAGUCUGCCUGACUGAGCAUCUCCUCAUUAUCAUUCCCCCUCCCCUCUCUUCAUCCAAUUCCCUAGUCCUAUCUGCCAUCCCCCUCUCCACCACAUAUAGAGCCAAACAACUACCACCACCGAUCACUAACACCAUCGCACACACAUAUAGAGACACACACACACACAAACACACACACACUACCCCUCUCUCCUGGGAUACGAUUUGAAGAUUCACAAGUGCAGCCUCUCAUUUGUAAUCAGAUGAAAGAGAGGAUUAUCUCAAGGUUUGCCCAAUCUUGUUCCCGGCCAGGAUAGAGGGACGGAGGAGGAAGAGGAGGAAUAGACUGGAGAGGAGGGAGGACUCUGUGGAUGGUGCGUGGCAAAAGGAGAUCACCUGUAGAGAACCACUUUCCUUUCCUUUCAAACAACCUGGACUAACAGGGGUUUUAUCCUGGGAUCCUGGAGGAUAACUUGACUCUGACACAAAGAAAGAGAGAGAGAGAGAGAGUAAAUAAAGAAGAGGAACAUAAGGAUCUUAUAUUUUUUCUAAAAGGGCUUUCCCAUGGCAGAGAGUGGGCAUCCCGAGUCAGCACUAUACCCACCAGGGGGCAGUGUUUCCCCUGACUCUGCCCUCUGCACCGACCCCCUCCUGCCUCUCUCUAAGAGUUCCACAGAUGGGCUGACAGGUCCUCUGAAGCAGGAGGAACUCAGGAAGGGCUCCAGUGAGCAUACGGCUCCAUGCUCCCAAAGAGACAGAGAAACGGGCAGACAGAGGCCUUCCCAGGUUGUCCAGCACAACCUCCAACCGGACACAUCUGUCCGCGUGGACCCCAGGAAUGCUGUCCGCCCUCACACAGCCCAUCACCACGAGGAGGGCAACACCAGUCAUGGUCACCAAGCCUUCGGAGAGAUCCAGGCGCCCCACCCCUUAUCAUCAUCACAGAGAGACUUGGGAGGACUGGAUCUAUCCAGGCUGAAUGUCCAGAGGAGUCACUCAGAUCCCCUCCACAUGCUCAGGGAGGUCCCUGCCCCUCCACCUCACAGUGAAACCAGCUGCCCUUUGUGCCCAGGGAGAGACUACCUUUCCCAGGAUGCCUCUCGUAAGGUUUUCUCCACCUUAGCCUGCAAGCAGCCCUUGCAGCUCCAGCACUGCAAUACGACCACAACCAACCCCACUGCCUGCAGACAGGGAAACGGCGGGGGAGGCAGACCCACACAGCAGCCUCAGGACGGGUGUGUCAGGGUCGGUGCCCCUAGCCCCUCUAACACAGCCGCUAACGUCGGCGGUGAGGCCCAACGCCUACAAUCAUGUGAGGAGGCCAUCUGCUAUUGCACUUUCGUCCACCCCCACGGGACGUUGAAGGACACUUUUGCGGCAUACUGCCACCCCCAACACAUCCCCACCCCUGCCCAGCUUCUGCCACACCUUCCGGGCACAGAAGCUGAGUUCAGGGACCAGAGGGUGCUCCCGCCUCACCUGGCGCCUACCCUCCUCUCCCUCCCUCGCCUCAUGUCCUCCGUCAGCGAGACAGGGCUGGAUGCCAAGCGCCUGCUGCAAUGCUGCAACCUCAAUUGUAACCUCAACUGCUCCUGGGCCAAAACUCUACACCCUAGUGGAGCCCUGCAGCAGGACAUUCAGAAAUAUAGCUGUAUGAGCAGCAACAAUGGAGCCACCAGGGACACAGGGACCAUGAUGUCCCCCAGGGAGCUCAGGGACGUUGGGGUGCAGACGGGCCAGGUCCACGAGACGUGUCUGGCCCACGUGUUCCCCCAGGUCUGCCUGGUGGAGGAGAACGGGAAUGAGAACGGGAACGGGAACGAGAACGGGAAUGAGACAGACACGUCCCAGAAGCCCCCAGUGAAGGAGGUGAAGUGGGAUGCGGAAGGGAUGACAUGGGAGGUGUACGGGGCUUCUGUGGAUCCUGAGGAGCUGGGCCUGGCCAUCCAAAAGCACCUGGAGCUGCAGAUCAAGGAGACUGCUGGCCUCGCUGCCAAGCUGUCCCGCCAGGAUCCAGCUACAUCCAGGAAAAGCAUUGGUGGUGCCGUUGGCUGGAGGAAGAGGAGCGGGGUGUUGGGCUAUAUCAGAACCCCAGCCUGCUGCGCACGCUCCAGCACGGCCGUGGACUGAGAGGGGAAACCUGAACACUGGUUUCCAUGGUCAAGAUGGCAGUUGCUUUAUUGCACAUCAAAUGUGACUCCAAUUCACCAGAGAUAGUGUCUGGAUUAGGUCUGGAUUAAGAAAAUCUGUGUGGCUGUCAGAAUCAUGGCAUGUGUACAAGAACCUACCUGCUGAAAGAGGUGAAUGGAAAGACAGUGAAAGGUUCCAUUUGGAUGGAUUUGAUUGGUAACGGUACCUUCAUCAUCACCGUAGAUGCCAAGUGAUAGAACAGAGUGCUGCCAUAACAGUCAUACAAAGUGAUAUAAUGUUUUCUUACUCAUUGAAGAAUGUUUUAUUUACU